UGCUUUUUUUUUUUGUCGGAGUGCUUGUCAUUGAGAGGAAGGUAGCUUCUGUAUAGAGCAUAGAGAAAGCUGAUCCUGUCAGCUAAAGGCUGGCAACUCAACUGGGAAUUAUUUAUUUUUACAGUUCGGAAGAACUGAAGCAGUGGAACCCUGUUUUUGGUACAGCCUUUACUCUUGGUUGCCCGUCCACACCAAGAUGAACAAGAUGAAGAACUUCAAGCGGCGCUUCUCCCUGUCCGUGCCGCGCACCGAGACCAUUGAGGAAUCCCUGGGCGAGUUCACCGGGCAGAUCAACCAGCUCAACAACCGCAUGAGCGGGGACCUGGUCCCCAGUGAUCUGCAGCUGAGAGCCCUACACCCCGCCCUGCAGCCACACCUCAGUCCUGCUCCCUGUAAUGAGGGCACCCAGUCCCCCACGCAGCUCCGCUACCGCAAGAACAACCGCCACCGCCGAUUCUCCAUGGAGGACAUCACCAAGCGCAUAUCCCUACCUGUGGACACCCGUCUCCCGGAGGAGUUCCUGCAGAAACUGCACAUGGACAGUCCGCCUGUGUCCAAACCGAUCAGCAGGACGUCCAGACGAGCAUCGCUGUCUGACAUUGGCUUUGGGAAGCUGGAGACCUACAUCAAGCUGGACAAGCUGGGAGAGGGGACCUAUGCCACGGUGUUUAAGGGACGCAGUAAGCUCACAGAGAACCUGGUGGCUCUGAAAGAGAUUCGACUGGAGCACGAGGAGGGAGCCCCCUGCACUGCCAUCCGGGAAGUGUCCCUGCUGAAGAACCUGAAGCACGCCAACAUCGUGACACUGCAUGACAUCAUCCACACAGACCGCUCCCUCACACUCGUCUUCGAGUACCUGGAUAGUGAUCUGAAACAGUAUCUGGACAACUGUGGGAAUAUCAUGAGCAUGCAUAACGUUAAGAUCUUCAUGUUCCAGCUCCUGCGUGGUCUCUCAUACUGCCACAAGAGGAAGAUCCUGCACAGGGACCUCAAACCCCAGAACCUGCUCAUCAACGAGAAGGGCGAGCUCAAGCUGGCUGAUUUCGGCCUGGCACGAGCCCAGUCAGUCCCCACCAAGACGUACUCCAACGAGGUGGUGACGCUGUGGUACCGGCCCCCCGACGUGCUGCUGGGCUCCACAGAGUACUCAACCCAGAUCGACAUGUGGGGCGUGGGCUGCAUUCAGUACGAGAUGGUGACGGGACGGCCCAUGUUUCCGGGCUCCACGGUAAAAGAAGAAUUCCACUUGAUCUUCAGGCUCAUAGGUACGCCGACAGACGAGACCUGGUCUGGCAUAACAGCUAACGAGGAGUUUAAAUCUUACCGUUUCCCUCAGUACAAACAACAGCCCCUCAUAAACCACGUGCCCAGGUUAGACACAGAGGGAAUUGACCUUCUUGCAAAUCUCUUAUUGUACGAGGCGAAAAGCCGGAUAUCUGCGGAAGCUGCUUUGAGGCACCCAUACUUCAAGAGUCUAGGGGAGCGGGUCCACUCUUUACCUGAUAACAGUUCUGUGUUCUCCCUCAAAGAGAUUCAGCUUCAGAAUGAUCCAGGAUACAGGGGCUCUGUAUUUCAACAAGCAGCCCGUGGCAAGAACAGAAGACAGAGCAUCUUUUAGGCUCAGGAAGGCGGAGUAGCUGUAAAGAAAGGGAGAGGGAGAGUGGGGUUUGCAUUGCAGAAGAACAAGGAGGACGAGCUGCCCGUUGGAGGAAGCCUGGCUCCUGUGCUGAACUCUUUACAUUGAAAAACUUGAAUUCCCAGUUACACCACAGCAGACCACCGUCAGUCUGGUUUAGCAACGUUCUCUCAGUAUUCAUUUCUGCUGUCUCCAGUUACAAUUCCCGAGCCUUUUCCAUCCAAGAGCCUGCUGGGUAAUAAAACCAGGAUAAGUCUCCAUUGGUAGUUCUGAAUGCUUUUAUUGCAGUGGGAUUACCCAAAGUGGACUUCCUGUUUAGUACCUGAGUGCAAUCUUUAUUGUGAUUCCACAGUAAGUUAAGACAUUGUGUGGAGGCUGGCUCUCAUUAUAAGAGUCUGAGCAACCAGCACUGUUCUGCCUUGCUUCACGGUCCUCUCGUCCCAAACUGAACGUGAAGACACACAACCUAUUAACUUAUAAUAAGGGUAGAAGUAGGAACCUCCUGGUGUAGCCAGGAUAUUUGAUAUUGCCCACAAACUCGCUGCACCGCCUAGUAUGCAGAACCAUGGAGCCAGCAACAGUAAGCACCCUACAUUGUUCUCUAACACUGAAGAACGCAGACCUAUUCAGUGCAGCCCUGAUACGCUGCCUGCUCCUGAUUCAUUGUAUACCUCUCAUUCAAGAUGAUCCAAACUAACCCCAGGCGUGUUUGUGAUCUUUCCUUUCCACCAUGUGUAUUUGCUCUACCUGUCACCCCUGUUUGUGAUAUUCUCGCAUGGGGAAAAAUACAGAAGCAUACAGUUAAAUGACAUUUUAUAGCAACAUCUUUGUCCAUACAUGUCAGUUAAUAUACUGUAUGCUCAUAUACAGCUGGUCUUUAAAAUGGUGCAAUAGCAUAUAUAUCUAUAUAUAUAUAGAUAUAUAUAAUCUGCAGUUUCUAUGGCUGUUCACUUUGACUUAAACUUUACUGAUGAAUAAAUACUAUAUAAAUACAACAAAAACAACAGUAAUAACAAAAACAAUUAAAUAAAAUAAAUUUGAAAUGUAUACUUUUGAAUAAACUGUAUUUUCUGAUCUCAUCACUGGAAUUGCCGGAGUGUUUUUGACGUGGUCUGUGAAUAAACUGACGAAGUAUUCGGAAGCUGUUUUAAAUACAGCACAUGUAAUAACUAAAGAAUUAAUAUAAUGUCUUAAAAUGUUUUCAUUAUUGGAGAAUGUGAUCAUACAGAGGAGUUAAAGAGUGAACUGUAUGUUAAACUAUUGUAGAUGACGUCUAAUUGUUUUAUAAAUGCGGUCUGUUUAGAUUUUUGUAUGGAAUAUGUGGUAUUAAAUAUUAUGUGUGAUUAUUUUAUUCUGUUAUGAAGAUUAUGAAACUGAAUGUAUUGUGGACACUGCCAAGCCAUAAUGACAAUGAGAAAAGAUAAAUAAAUCCUAAGUAAAUAA